GGCAUCACAUGACGGCGGCAGCGCCGGGGCCGGCGGGUGCGCGGUGCUGCCCGGGCCGCCCGCGGCCUCCUCUCGCUCUUCUUCCUUCCAUCAUUCCCUCCCUCCCUUCCCUCCCGCCCUCCCUUCCUUCCCUCCCGCCCGCCCUGCACGGACUCCGCCGCCGGCACGCCCCUGCGGUACAUUUUAAUUAUCUGUCAAGAUGGAUAUCCGAGGUGCUGUAGAUGCUGCUGUCCCAACAAACAUCAUUGCUGCCAAAGCUGCUGAAGUUCGGGCAAACAAAGUAAACUGGCAGUCGUAUCUCCAAGGUCAGAUGAUUUCAGGUGAAGACUGUGAAUUUAUUCAAAGAUUUGAACAGAAAAGAAAUCCAGAAGAAAAACAGGAGUUGUUGCAAACAGAAGGCAAUCAAUGUGCUAAAACAUUUAUAAACUUGAUGACUCAUAUCUCCAAGGAACAGACUGUUCAGUACAUUUUGACUAUGGUUGAUGAUAUGCUGCAAGAAAAUCAUCAGCGUGUUUGCAUCUUUUUUGAUUAUGCAAAACGUGGUAAAAACACUGCAUGGUCCUAUUUUCUGCCAAUGUUGAAUCGACAAGAUCUCUUCACUGUGCAUAUGGCAGCAAGAAUUAUUGCCAAACUGGCUGCUUGGGGGAGGGAGCUUAUGGAAGGCAGUGAUUUGAAUUACUACUUCAACUGGAUUAAAACUCAGCUUAGUUCACAGAAACUACGCGGUACGGGGGGUUCUGUGGAUACAGGAGCAGUCUCCACAAGUGAUAGUUCCCAGUAUGUACAGUGUGUUGCUGGAUGUCUGCAGCUGAUGCUCAGGGUCAAUGAAUACCGCUUUGCAUGGGUAGAAGCAGAUGGAGUAAAUUGCAUCAUGGGUGUCUUGAGCAACAAAUGCGGUUUUCAGCUCCAGUAUCAGAUGAUUUUCUGUGUGUGGCUGCUGGCAUUUAGUCCUCAAAUGUGUGAAUAUCUUCGUCGGUACAAUAUUGUCCCUGUGCUGUCGGAUAUUCUUCAGGAAUCUGUCAAAGAGAAAGUAACCAGGAUCAUCCUCGCAGCAUUUCGGAAUUUGUUAGAGAAAUCUACUGAGAGAGAAACUCGCCAAGAAUAUGCUCUUGCCAUGAUUCAGUGUAAGGUUUUAAAGCAGCUAGAGAAUUUGGAUCAGCAGAAAUAUGAUGAUGAAGACAUCAGUGAAGAUAUCAAAUUUCUACUGGACAAGCUUGGUGAGAGUGUGCAGGACCUUAGCUCCUUUGAUGAAUACAGCUCUGAGCUCAAGUCAGGAAGACUGGAAUGGAGUCCUGUGCACAAAUCUGAGAAGUUUUGGCGGGAGAAUGCUGUAAGACUAAAUGAGAAGAAUUAUGAACUACUCAAAAUCCUUACAAAACUUCUGGAGGUUUCUGAUGAUCCACAGGUGCUGGCUGUAGCUGCUCAUGACGUGGGAGAAUAUGUACGGCACUAUCCCCGUGGGAAACGAGUGAUUGAACAGCUUGGUGGUAAGCAGCUGGUCAUGAACCACAUGCAUCACGAGGACCAGCAAGUUCGUUAUAAUGCACUACUGGCUGUGCAGAAGCUGAUGGUUCACAAUUGGGAAUACCUUGGGAAGCAGUUGCAGUCAGAACAACCUCAGACGGCCACAGCACGGAGCUAAACACUUCCAUCAGUUCAUGCAGUUCAUGCUUACAACUACAGUGUGUUUGUCUUGAAAUGAAUACAAAAGAAAUUCUGAAAUCACAUACUCUUUGUCUGCUACGGGUGCAUAAACAUUCCAGCUUUCCUCUAGUGUUGUUGGCUUCCUAAAAAUUUGUUUGUUCAACUGGUUCUGCUGAUUAUGCCUAUUAGCUUCUUGUUCUAUUCUGAAUGUAUAUGAGGAAAUGUGGCUAAUAUAUUCCAUUUGUUUUAAGUAUUUAUUCUCAUAAUAAAGACUAUUAUUAAAAGAUAUCCAUUCCAUAACGGAUAUUAUAAUUAGCCUAGAAAAAUGUUUCUCUUCCUUUAGUGGGUUAUCAGUGUUGUCACUUUCCAAGAAAAGUAAGUUGUCCCCUUAUGUCUCAGACAAAUUAAUAAAGCUUUGACUUAGUGUUUCAUAGAAAGUGCAGUAGCCUAAGAAAUAUUGAUUAUCAAUACUAAAAUAUAUACCAAGUCUCAAAACAGUGUUAAAAUUGUAUAUAAAAGCAAAUGUAUGGGUGGAGUUUUUUGGGGGGGUGGGAUAGUUCUCUUGUUAGAAACUACAUUAAAAAUCUGGAAAUGAGAAGAGGAAAAGAAAAUGAGCACUCCUCCAUCAGUGAAAACAUACCCCCAAGAUUAUUAGUCCAGCUGUAUAACACCAGUGGUUAAGGCUGUAGAUCAGAGGUCAAGUUGAGGGUUGUUUUUAUUUUUUUCUUUUUUUUCAAAUGUGCACUACUAACUGCUGAAAUUAUAAUUUCAUGGAGUUUUUGGUUAUUGAAAAUACUUGUAUAUGUUAGGGUUCUGGUUUCAUUCCAAAAUCCAUUGUAUUUCUUUUAUAUUAAGCCAGAUAAUUUGGCUGUCAAUAUUUUCUGUGUUUUGUAGCUUCUGACAGUAUAAAAUAUAUAAUCAAUAAAUUUAAGCUGAUAUUGGCUUGGCA